CAAAAUAAAUUUGUAUUUUUGACGAAAACAAAAUAACUCGAAUCGAAGGGCAAGUCAUGGCCACCACCAAGGAGCGACUGGAGCGGCUGAUCAACGCCAAGAAGCAGCUGGAGGCGCAGAUCAGCAGGAACGGACAGAUCCUGGCCGCCAACGACAAUGUGGGCAUGACCGGACCGUUGGUGGACUCCGAGGGCUUUCCGCGCAACGACAUCGACAUCUACCAGGUGCGCCAGGCGCGUCAGACGAUCAUCUGCCUGCAGAACGACCACAAGGAGCUGAUGAACCAGAUCCAGACCCUGCUCAACCAAUACCACAGCGAGAUAGCCACCACAGACCCGGAGCUGGUGAACCGAGCCUCCGCUUUGGACCUGGACAGCGACCGCACGCCAGGAGGGGCCAAUACAGCAGAUCUGGCACCAGCUCGCGCCAUCGUCGUGGUCAACCUAGUCAGUCCCGAUUCACCCGCCGAGAAAGCUGGACUUUGUGUGGGCGAUGCCAUCCUCCGCUUCGGCUCCAUAAACAGCAAUAACUUUAAAGGAGAUCUCGCCCAGAUUGGCGAGGUCGUGCGCAACAUGCAGAACCAGAAUGUCCAGCUGAAGGUGAAGCGCGCCGAGCAGCAGCUGGACUUGAUAUUGGUGCCAAAAACAUGGAGCGGACGCGGGCUCCUCGGCUGCAACAUCGUCCUGCCGCCCGAGGCCAUGGAGCACUAGUGUAGUUAACCUUUUAAGUCUUACGGAGUUGUUAGUGUACUCUUUACCCUGCAUUUUAAUUAUCAGCUCAUGGCCAGGCCACCACUGGACAUGUUUGCUCUAAAUUGUGAA